ACAAUUUGUGGGGGCCCUUCUUUCCAGCUCUUUUUCCAUAGUCGCUUUGCAACCAAUACAAUAGACGGGUCGAACCAACCACCACCACCACCACAAAAAAAAAACCAACCAACUCGUUCUAGAAUAUUUUAAUGACCUUUAAUUAAGAUGUCGAGUACUUCAUUCUUCAAAUGGAUGGGCCUUGGCCAGUCUGGCAAAUCGGUUGCUGAUAAUGAUUCCUUUGACGAAGGUGAACGGUACUUUGGACUCGAAAAUUUUGGAAAUACCUGUUAUAGCAACUCGGUUAUCCAAGCUUUAUACUACUGCAAACCGUUUCGAGAAUGCAUGACGAACUAUCCUUUUCCGGCCGCCCUCCCACCAUCAUCGUCAUCAUCAAUUCAAUCGCCUGGCCUGACGAGUCCCAGCUCACCUAUUGUCGGCACACCUCAUUUCCCUUCCUCAUCGACGUCUUCCUCCACCAAUAACAAUAAUACCGGCAGCCGUCUUGCGAACGGCGUCAAUGGUUUAGCAUCGGCGAGCCAACCAUCCUUCCAGCAACAACCACCACGUACUUCAAUAUCGUCACGUGGACCUAGCACUAGCAAUAAUGCGUUGACCAGUGUCAUCUCUUCGUCACACCACGAGCGAGAUCAUAACGGCGAACUUCAUCUUUCUCCCGGAAUGGAGGAUACACUGUUUGCUGCGUUAAAGGAUCUAUUUUGGAAGAUUGCAACACAUCGAAAAAAGACUGGUGUUGUAGCUCCUGUCAAUUUUAUCAACAAGGUCAAGAAGGAAAAUGAAUUGUUUAGAUCUAGCAUGCAUCAAGAUGCACACGAAUUUUUAAAUUAUCUACUCAACAGUAUUGCCGAUGACGUGCAAAAGUAUCAGAAAAAGAUGUCAGAAAAGGCACCGAUUAAUGGGUUGAAUGGUAUUGCUGAAAAUGGUACCGACGAUGAAGCAACAGAUGGAAAAAGCUCAGAUUCCGAUAGUUCGACAAACAAAGCCAAAUCCACAUGGGUGCAUCAACUGUUUGAAGGAAUCUUUUCCAAUGAAACCAAGUGCUUGACCUGUGAGACGAUUACAAGUCGAGACGAAUGCUUUAUGGAUUUAUCAAUCGAUGUCGAAAUGAACUCAUCCGUUACCUCGUGUUUAAGGCAGUUUUCGGCAAGCGAGACAUUAUGUCACAAGAACAAGUACUUCUGUGAUGUAUGUUGUGGAUUACAAGAAGCAGAAAGACGAAUGAAAAUAAAAAAGCUGCCAAAUAUAUUGGCGCUCCACUUGAAACGCUUCAAGUACCAGGAACAAUUGCAAAAGUACAUCAAGCUUACCUAUCGUGUGGUUUUUCCGUUUGAACUUCGGUUAUUUAAUACUUGUGAUGAUACCGACGAUGCAGAUCGUCUUUACGAAUUGUGGGCCUGUGUUAUACAUAUUGGCAGUGGGCCGCAUCAUGGACAUUAUGUUACCAUUAUCAAAAGCAAUGGUCAAUGGAUGCUUUUUGACGAUGACAUAGUAACGCCUAUUCAUGAAGAUGAAAUACAAAAGUACUUUGGCGAUAUCCCUGGUAGCGGAUCAGGCUACGUCUUAUUUUACCAAGCAGUUAAUAUCAACAUGGACUCCCUUGAUAUAUAUAAUGGGCUCGAUGUGAAGAAUCCGAUCAACAACAACGGCAACAGCAACCACAUCUACCACAACAAUAACAACAAUAACAACAGUAACAAUUCACCGAUUCAUGCCAACGGCAGGCCGUCGGCGCCGACAGGUUUCCACCACUAUCAACAACAACAACAGCCACAAAACCACACACCACCACACCUUGCCACUCCCACCACAUCCGCAUCCCAUCGUUUAGAUCCUACAUCUUUUAAACCCGAUUCAGGGAAACAUCCUAAUCCUCCAAAUACCCCUGUGCCACCCCCUCCAUCGUCAUCGUCCAGUACAGCAGCUGCACCUGUUCCUACUCCGUCACUUAGUACGACCGUGGAAGAAAGGAAAACGCGCUGGGGAUUACGGAAAAUCCGAGAGAAAAAUUCAAAUAAACGAUGAUAAUCUUUGCCAUGGAUUUUUCUUUUCAUUUUCUGUAUGGGUUCUCAAACUUAUUUGUUUUGUAAUAAUUGUCGUUGAAAAAAAGAUGCGUUUCUUAUACUCACUUACUACGAAAGAAAGAAAAGCAUUAAACUUGGAUCUAUCGCAUUCCCGGCUAAAUUUGGC